AUGAGCGAAGAGACCUGCGCGAAUCCCCUGCUGCUGGGAUGGAUCAAGGAAUGGUUGGAUCAGGCGAGAGAGCGGAAUAGCAAAGGAUUUACGGUGUACAAAAAGGCUUAUGAAUCGAUGAAAGCAUGCCCGUUGGUUUUCCAACAUCCGUCUGAAGCUCAGCAGUUGAACGGACUCGGGCCGAAGCUCUGUGACCGAUUGACGGAUAAAUUGAAAGAGUACUGUGCGCAGAAUGGACUUCCCGAGCCUGAGCCGCCUCAUAAAAAAAGCAAAAGACCCUCUGGCGAAGGCCUCCCAGAAGACCAACCCGCAAAGAAAUUACGCAAAAAAAAAGCCUACGUCCCAGCUUUACGCUCAGGCCCAUACGCCUUACUGCUAGGACUGGGGACUCUUAACGAGAAUGCAUCUCAGAGCAUGACGAAAGCGCAGUUGAUCGAAGCAGCGCAGCCAUAUUGUGAUAGCUCGUUCACGGUCCCGCCCGAUCCUACCAAAUUCUACACGGCUUGGAACUCGAUGAAGACGUUGGUUCAGAAGGAUUUGGUUUAUGAGCAUGGACGACCGUUGAGGAAGUAUGCGCUUACGGAAGAGGGGUGGGAGGUUGCGAAGAGGGUUCAGAAGACUUUGCCAGGGACAGGGCAAUCGACGUUGCCUUUUGGAGGAACUGAUGAACAAGCAAGUGCAAACCCCAGACUCCAACGAACCCCAUCAAUAUUUACCGACAACGACAACGACAUCCAAGCCUCGACAUCCCAACGCCCCGGCGCCGUCCCCGAAACUCUAGACGAAGACCAAGAAGACCUAAACCCCUACACCCUAGGGACAGGCGCCGCAGAUGGCUCUAACAUAACCCCCAUCCCCCUCGCUCCCAAAUCCUUUACAAUCCAACUCAUCCUUGACACCCGCGAAGUCCGCUCCUCCAAAGACCGCGACUACAUCUCCAACGAGCUGACCAAGCGAGGCGUUACCCCUGAAGUCCGCGCCCUGGAACUCGGUGAUGCGAUGUGGGUGGCCAGAGUGCACGACCAGAGCAUACUAUCUCGGCACGGUGAAGAAAACGCGAACGACGAGAUCAUGCUGGAUUGGAUCGUGGAACGGAAGCGCCUCGAUGAUCUCGUCGGCUCGAUAAAGGACGGUCGCUUCCACGAGCAGAAAUUCCGACUCCGUCGCUCGGGAAUCAGAAACGUUAUCUACCUAAUCGAAGAAUUCACAGUCACGCAGGAUAGCGCAAUGGCAUCAAAAUACCACGAGAUGGUCGCCUCAGCAAUCGCAACAACACAAGUCGUCAACGGGUACUUCGUCAAGAAAACGCGUAAUCUAGACGAUACAAUCCGCUACCUAACACGCAUGACUUUCCUUUUACAGAAAAUGUACGACGACUCAACAAACACCCUCUCCUUCCUGCCUACUUCUCAGAUCUCCUCGUCGCAGGCAUACCUCUCCGCGCUGGAGCGGUUACGGCCCCAGAGUCCAGCGAUGACAUACGGCGUGACAUUCUCCACAUUCUCAGCGCUGAGUUCGAAAUCCGACGUCCUCGCUCUCCGUGACGUGUUUCUCAAGAUGCUCAUGUGUAUCCGUGGCGUAACGGGUGACAAGGCGCUUGAAAUCCAGAGACGGUGGCGCACGCCUAGGGAGUUAGUUGAGGCGUUUCAGGCACUGGAUCCGAGGGACCGGGAGGAUAUGGUUGCGGAGAGGAUGAAGGGGAUGGUGGGGAGGAAGAAGAUCAUGAAGGCGUUGAGUAAGAAGAUUGCGGAGGUGUGGGGGAGUUAG